AUGGGAAAGUACAUUCGGCUCGGCGUCUAUGAGUUAGGCCGCCACGCCCCUCGCUUGUAUACUGAUGUGUGGGCGUUCAUCGCAUUUGUGGUUGUCCUUUGCGGCAUGGACAUCCUUGCCGUAUUCGUAUCCUGGGGCGGCCGACCUGAUAUGGUGCUGCGCGGCGUAGAUUACAACGGGAACGUUUGUGGUCGUCCUCUUGAGCCGAACCGAUUAAAUAUCACUUCGUAUGAGUGGGAAUCAAUGCGGUUUUUGUGGUAUCCAUUCCAGCUCAAUUCGGCGACCAACGUUUUUUUUACAGGUGUGACCAACAUGGGAAUUUGUGUCAAGGGGUGCCCAUCUGCGGGAGACACCGUAGUGACGUACGGAGGUUUGAGCAAUUUUCCCACAGUGUUUUCGGUGCAGUUUAACUCCUCGGUGCAGUUGUGGCGGUGUGUGCCUGAUUCUAAGACGCUUGAUUGUGGCCAUUCCGCAGCAUGUGAAUCUCAACGAGUCCUGAUGAAGGAUCUGGUGUCGGAUGCGGUGCAAAUUGAUAACUUCAUCUUUGGCCUAUUGAGAACCUUGCAUGAUCAAUGGUUUGUGUUCUUCGCCGUGUUCUUUCUGUGCCUCACUCUGUCUUCUGUGUGGGCGCAGUCGAUGCGGUAUGCUGCGAGACCUAUUGUAGCCAUCACAGCAUCGUCAUUCUUUUUUAUGCUAACAGCAUGUGGCUUUGCCAUGCUUUGGCGGUUCAAGACAGUCGCGGGUGACUAUCGAUAUGUGUGGCUGUCUGGGGGCAUUCUGUCGCUUUUUGUAAGCUUCGUAUAUGCCUGCAUGCUUAUGUACUUUUGGAAAAGUAUCCGUUUGGGGUGCACGAUCAUUGAGGAGGCGAGUAAAGCAGUGAUAGCUAUGCCCUCCAUGCUAAGUGUUCCGCUUGUGGGUUCGUUUUUAGAGGUCGUAAUGUGGACGAUUUUUUUCUUUACCACAGCCAUGUUGUAUUCCUAUCCCAAUCCAGGCGUCGAGGCCGUGCAGUGGGAUGGUGAAGUAUACCACGUGGCGGUGAUAAAGUCCGCCGAUGCAUGGGCGAUUGCGGGACAUGCAUACAGCGUGUGUGUCUUGCUCUGGUGGGCAGCAGUGUUGAACGCUGGCGUGACUCUCAUAGUGGCUUUAAUAGUCACCCAGUGGUACUGGUCAGAGCCUGGGAGUGUGAAGUCAGCCCCGCGUGACGCCGUGCGGUGGUCGGUCCGCACCACGCUGAGGUAUCACCUUGGCACCCUGGCCUUGGGCGCCAUUCUUACCGCACCCCUUCGUGUUGCGCGGCUGUUCCUUCGAUUACCGUUGAGGCGGCUGUGCAGUUGUUUUUGCAAGAGGGAUACCACCUCCUUCUUGUUUUGUUGUUGUCACUGCUUUAUUGACUUAUUCGAAUCAGCGGCACGUGCCCUCAGCGAGAAGGCGUUCUUCGUGACCGCCCUGACGGGUGAGCCAUUUUUUUCUUCCGCACGACAUGCUACCACUCUGCUGCACCGCAAUCCCACAAUUCUCUCUCUCGGCAUCCUCAGCGAAAUAAUUUUUUUUUACACCAAAGCGCUUUUGACGUUCGCUACAACAGCGGUCGGCGCUUUCUGGCUCUGGAGAGCCAACGACGACACGGAGCCGCAGGCAAAUACUGUAGCCCCUGUCAUGUACCUCGCAGUGAUGUCAUACACAGUCACGUCUCUUUUCGCGGAUGUCUACUCGGCGAGUGUACAGACUCUUCUGCUGUGUUUCUGUUACGAUCUGAUUACGUUCAAUGGCGCUGAGCGGCCCCUCUUCUACUGGGAGAGUUUGGAGGAGGCUCUGACGACAUCUCCAACGCAGUUUCGCCUGCGGCCGUCAACGAUGGAAGAAUGCCUAAUUCAAAAUGACGGAUAUGUGACCUGCUUGUAUGGGAACGUGCGCUACAUAACAUCAACAAGAGACGAUGGGAAUGAAUUGGAGAGAUAA